GUAUAUACGGUUAUGAACAGAGUGCAGUCGACGCUUUUUCAGAUACCGCAGUUUUUAAGCUAUGUUUUCACUUGUACAAAUUAACCGUGUUAUUUAUAUUCUGUUUGAAUAAGGCAUGCAGAGUACAUUGAAUAAGUAGUCAUGCCCACUGCUGCAAUCUAUAUAUUGUCAAAUACGAAUCAACAAUAAAGGUAUACUUAUAUACUUUUCGUGUCUUUGUCAAAACAGACUUAACACUAGUCGAGUCCUUAUAAUCGAGGCUACAUAUUUCAAAAGGAAAAUUCGAAUUAGAUCAUAUGAGACUGAGGGUAUAGCGUUCCACCUACUUCGUCAGGAAACUCGCACGCCGUAACAAUCUGAGGCAGAACAACUCUUGAGUGGCACCAAAUGACACACAGACGACGAAAAAGUGUAUGGCCCUCUGCGGUGCGGGACACAACUCUAUCGAAUAAACUAUCAAAAGGUCCCAAGUUAAAAUCACGCAGCGGAUGUAGCUAUAAGAUGGACAGUAACCGAAAUGAACAACCACAAACCAACACAACGUCAGUCGAACAGGAAAAGCCGGGACCAAGCACGUCGUCCGCAACGCCCGACCAACCAAUCACAACUGCCUCAAGUCCACCGCCGCCAACACCACCCUCUAGCAUUCCUGGACUUAUACCAUGGACCCCUGAUGUGCCGAUUAAGCAGUACCUUUUCGACGCAAGUAGCCACUUCGCCCUCAUCGGAGAAAACGAUCCGUGGCCUAGCAUGGGCGCAUUGUGUCAAUCUCAGGCGAAUCCAACGCGACACGAAUGGUAUAUCUUUUCAGAAAAAGCACGCACUACCGACAAACCAUUCGAUACGUUUAUCGAACUUCUCCUCAAAACAUACACAAAAGAUCUAACCUGUGCCUUACAAGUGGUGCCCCAGAUGACCCCAAACCCCCAGCAACUUCCGUCAAUGUUCCUUCGUCAACUCAUCAGUCAAUUUCCAGCCUUGGAGAUCGCUACAAUCCACAAACGACUUAUCUUUCAACAUUAUUUCUCAUUUUUCGACUUAUCCUUCCAAACGCAUUUUGGUCGUCUCGAUGACCUUGACUUGACUGUAGUCGGCGAAGAAUCAGACAGAAUAUCAGAUGACCAACCGUUCGCUUUAAUUCGCAGACAGGAUUCCAUGUCAACCACAACGUCCUCAUCAAUCGACACCGAGCUUCAAGCUGAUGUAGCAAAUCUCAUACACUCGAUUGAACAAUUAAAGGUCCAAAUAGAUUCACAAGACAAUGAUUCAUAUUGGAAGCGGAAUCCGCCCCAACAGCGAAGCAACUACCAACGUCGAGAAUACUCCAAUAAACCGCAUAAUCAACCGCCGUCCAGCACACAUCAGACGUGUUCUUCCGAUGUCAGUUUACCCAGAAACACAACAAGCAACGAUGAUAUUUGUUUUUAUCAUCAACGCUUUGGGGAUAGGGCUAACAAAUGCACUUCCCCGUGCAAUUUCCAUUCGCCGGUCCACACAGCCCGCUCUCCCUCUACUCCCCCGGUGUAUAGUUCCUCUUCCCCUCGGAUACAAGAUGGAAUCUCUGACCGCACGUUCCCUACUGAUACUAGCGCAGCAGCCAGCUUCAUUACUAGUUCAUGUACAGCGUCCAACCAAACAACGCAUCAAUUCUUCAAUGCUGACGACUCCCCUAUUCAAGUCGCGAGUACGCACACACAAGAUAAUGCCAAAGAACCCCUGACCACCCUAACUAUUACUCCAUCGUAAUUUUUUGUGUGUUACAUAUAAAUAUGUUGCUCCCCAUCUGCCAGAGGUCGACUCGAGGACAUUUCUUAUCUUAUAUUUCCAAUGUAACUACCAUAAAGUUAAUAAGACGAAAUAUUAUCUAUUCUUCGUUCUGGUUGACCUACAAGCUGAGCCAAUUGUAUGGUUGAAAAACUGGAAGCAUAUAAUCACUAUAUAGUCUAUAGCAUGUAUGUAUACGGUUGUAUAUGGAGUAAGUACAACGCUUUUUUGAGAUACUGCAGUUUUAAGCUAUGUUUUUACUUGUACAAAUUCACAGUAGUCAUGUCCACUGUAUAUACCGUCAGAAACGAAUCAACAAUAAAAAUAUAUUCAGAUAUACCUCUCGAGUCUUUCUCAACAUAAAACUUUUUGGGGGUAUUUUUUUA